AUGGUAGUGGUAAAUGUGUACGCGCCUAACAUAUACACCAAUAGAAGAAGGCUAUGGGAUAAAUUUCUUUCACUUUGUAAUUCGAUAGAAGGAAUCUGGCUUAUAAUUGGCGACUUUAAUGAGGUACGUGUACCGGAAGAUAGGUGGAAUUCGGUUUUCGAUAACAAUAAUGCUUUGCAUUUUAACAAUUUUAUUGGUGCGGCGGGGCUCUUGGAAUACCCAAUGUUAGGUAGGAAAUAUACGUUCCUAUCGGGUGACGGUAAGAAGUUAAGUAAAAUAGAUAGGGCUUUAGUUUGUAGCGACUUUAUGACUAAGUGGCCAAACACAUCGCUUCGGGCUCUCGAAAGAAAUAUAUCGGAUCAUAGUCCCUUAAUUUUAUCAUCCGGUGCGUCAAAUUACGGUCCUACCCCUUUCAGAUUCUUCAAUAGCUGGAUUGAAAUUCCUGGUAUGGUGGAGGCAGUCAAUAGGGGUCUGAAUAAACAGGGUAACGAGAAUUUCAAGGAUCUCUUGUUGGGUUAG